AUGGGUCGUCCUAAGCGCAACGUCCUCGCGGCUGCCGAGGAGUCAAUGACACCUCCAGACGUCCUCGGGCCCGGCCAGUCCAUAGUUAGAGUUGUAAAGCCUGAGGGCAACAACCUUUACACCUGCGAGCUCCCAGACACCAAGCCCCUCAUUCUGGAGCUGGCACAGCGUUUCCGCAACACCAUCUGGAUCAAGCGCGGUGGUUUUGUUCUGGCGGAGCGGUAUCAGGAAAGCAAGGAGGAUACCCGGGCCAUGGGCGAGAUUGUCAAUGUUGUUCGCGACGAGAAGCUCUGGCGCAAACAGGCUUAUUGGCCAAAGGAAUUUGCCAAGAAUGCAUACGAUUUGAACGACUCCGAAGACGAAUCCAACGUUGGCAAGAUGCCCCCCAGCGACUCCGAAGAAGAGUGA